AUGGUAAGUUAUCCGUCUCCAUUCUUAAAGAUUUUUCUAACUGUUACAGGUCACAUUGCGUACUUGUUGGGCAAGCCUGAAAAUUCUCGACAGGUCGGCACAUCCUUAAAACACUGUGCAUACAUAAUAAAGGAGCUAAACGAAGUGAAUGACAUUGAAAUAAACUUGAAGAACCUACCAUGGUGGAGAGUGGUUCUGAGCAGUGGCAAGAUAUCACGAAGGGAAAAUUCAAAGGGGCAACUUGAUCAAGCGCGUAUUUUGAAGUCAGAAGGCGUAGAAGUUCUGGAAAGCUAUUCGAUAGAUCUAGAUGAAUUUGGAUGGUUUCCUGAGGAGGCUGAAAUCUAA